AUGAACGGGAUCCAGGGAAGAUUGACUGGUGUGGUUUUACUGUUCUCAGCCAAUCGAGGCACGUCACCUGUGAACGAAGGGGAAGACCGCAAAGACAAAGCAGACAUGCAGAACACAAUCUCAGAAGUAACGAGGUCACUGCCGCCCGGAUUCAGAUUCCAGGCCACUGAUGAGGAGCUUCUGUUGGACUACUUGAAGCCCAAGAUUCUCGGACAGCCCGACGGACGCCACUACGACAUGAUACCGGAGAUUGAUGUACUGGAAUUCGAACCUUGGCAAUUGCCCUCCCUGUUCGGUCACAUGUUCAGCGGUAAGGAGCUGUUGUUCUUUUGUCACUUGAAGCGCAAGUACUUGAACAGCAACCGCUCCAACCGGACAACCAAAGCUGGUUAUUGGAAACCGACCGGCGAGGUGCUCACCAUCGUGAGGGAGGACACUAAGGCAAAGAUAGGAAUCAGGAAGACACUAGUGUUCUACGAAGGCCGCAUGCCCAAAGGCAAAAGGACCAACUGGUUGAAGCACGAAUAUCACCUAAAUCCCAAGUGUUUGGGCAACAAUCGCGCUGAAAAUGAGGUAACAUUCUGGUUUUCAUUCAUCUGCACAAUGCGAUUGGUUAUAAAUAACAUUUGGGACAUGCUUCUUUAG